AUGGCUCCUCUGGCAGGGCUAUCGGAUGCCCAUGCGAUUCUGCUUGCUACGCAUCUUUGCGCUAGUGGUGAUGUGACAACUUUACCGGCCCUGCAGGCGCAGUACCCCCAUUGUUUUCCGCUGGAACGCCUCCUGCGCAUCAUCUUGACCUUCCUUCCCGAGAGCACAGAACCUUCCAGCUAUGUCCCGGUACUCCAGCAGCUGAAUGGGAGCUCGCGUUCUGCCCCCGUGGACCGCGAAGUCGAUACGUCUGCUGUGAAAGACCUGUCCGAGACUGCUGCUAGGAAACGUGUCCGAAGGCUUCGUUUACGGCCGCUGAAGCGCCAGGACGAGGAGGAAGAAGUGCAGUCUGCGGACCUUCUAACCCAGUUCCUCAUUCACCGGGCAUAUUUAAUCGAUACCGAAACCGCACUUCAACCCCUCAUCCUCAACCUUCUCCGUCCCUUCUACGAACAGCGCCCUAUACUUCGAACGUGGCUGAUCUCAAGUCUACUACCGGCACUCCGACUCAAUUAUGAAUACUACACCAAUCGCGACGAGACACUAUCGUUGGAAACAUUGGAGUUGAUGGAUGAUCAGACCGCGGUCAACGUUCUGCUAUCGAUUACUGGCUCUAAGGGAAACAAUAUGGAUUUGGUCAACAACCUGAGGGGCUUGGUUGGCCCAUGGUUAUAUGGAAGCAUUCGUUCAAAGAGGCGGAGAUUGAAUGAAACAGCGCGACAGAAUUCAAUCUCCUUUAUCCAGGGCACACCAAAGCCACAGUCCACGGACCUGGCUGGAUGGGAAUACGUGAACGAAUGGCUAUUGUCGCGAAGCCUUGUCGACCACCAUAGCGUUGUCGCUGCUUUCACCAACUGGAGUGGUCCUGAUGAUAUUGAUCUAGGAGGCUACGAUGAGAAUGGAAGGCAGAUAACACCUGACCAGGCAAAUGAAUUAUUGAAUCGGUACGGCCAAGCCGGCUUGUCCGUAAUCUACGCCCACGCGGAUAGCUCACACGCCGCAUUGGAUGGAUCAUUCGAAAUUGUGGCGCGGGUUACAAAGCUUCUUGGGCUCGAGGAGUUCUCAUACCUGAACUCGUUCCAUUCGGCCCUUCCAUCCGUGGACUAUGACACGGAGCGAAUCUCGUCGACAUCACGAGCCUCCUUGUUACAAAACGCCCUGCUAGCACACGAGAAUCCCUUGACACAACCAUCACCCUCAUCAAUCGCUUUCCUGAGUGCAUUGCUUCUCUCGCUCCGCAUCUUGACCCAGCUUGGUCAUUUGCUUCCGUGCCGAUCUGCAGCAAACAUUUGCCUGCAUAGCAGCGACGAGAUUCAAUCAGCGGAGCUGAAAAGUGUGGUCUCGUCUGCUAUCAAACAACAACAGUCAAAGCAGGACUGGCAAUUGGUGCGACAUCAGCUACUCUGGCUUCGAGAUUGGCAAGCAGACCAUUUGGACAACGGAUGGGAUGAGCCUUCGACUCACCACGGCCUUUUCUGGAGGAUCUCGCGGGACACAGUCGAGACGGAGAUCUUGAAGGCGUUGCUUGGCGCCCGAGAAUACCAGCUGGCUGUGGAUUUAUACACCCAGUCCGACUCACCGCUCAACACUUCCCAGGUAGAAACCGCCGUGGUGGAAGCUAUCUUCACAGUCUAUGACAAUGCAAGCAAUGGCAACCGAACUCGCGGGGGGAUGAAGAGAGCCUACGAAAUUCUGCAAACGUUCCAGCCACACUUCCAAGCAUCCAUUCAGCUGAAGCAGAUCAACUCUCUCAUCGCCGCGACCCACGCACUGUCCUUCUAUUCUCUGACUUUGCAACACGGCGUCCCAUUCGAGCCAGUCAGCAUUCGCGUCCACAACGAUCCUCUUUCCUUAGUCGAGAAAGUUCUCCACCAAAACGUGAAAAGCUAUACCAAACUGGAUGACCUCCUUUUCAUCGGCCGCAACCUGGUCAAGGCCGGUCUCGCCACAAAGUCAGCAUCAAGCGAGACUGAAGACCAGGCCUCUCAAGAGUACUUAUCGCAGGAAGACGCAAUCGUCACCGCCGAACGCCGCAUCACCUCCCUAGCCAUCUCCUCCGCUCUAGACUCCAACGACUUCGGCACUGCCUACUCCUACAUCCUCACCCGCCUCACACCACCCUCAAUGCUUCCAAUCUCCUCCCCACUCCUCUCAGCACCAACCUUCCCGGAUGACAUCUCCUGGCGUGCAGUGUAUAACGCGGGCCGCUACCGCCCCGCCUCACCCAACACAUCCGCCUCCCUCCAGUCCCAAAUCAGUCAUCUCUCCCAGCGCAUGGAACUCCUCUCCCUAGCACUAGCCCUCGUGCCUUCCCCCGACCCACUCCCCGAGAUCCUCGGCGCCUGGCGCCGCUGUGACGAAGAGAUAUCUUCGCUCCGUGCCCGCGAGCAGCAAGAAGAAGACAUCUGGGAUGACAAGGGUGACAGGCUCUCUACAGUCCCCGGCGGCUUCGGACCCACAGACUCUGAGCGCGAUGCCUUUGACACGGCCCAGCAGCGCGCUGCCCGGCGAGCGCGUGCCCGCGCCGCAAUGCCGCAUUCGCACCCACACGAAGCGCCGAUGGGCCUGUUUGAGGUUGCUCGUGGCGCGGCAAUGGCGCUGCAUAAGAAUGCGUUCCCGUUGCGCGGGGCUGCUGGUGCUUCCCGAGCGCCUGCCAGUGCUGAGCAGGGCGAGGAUGGACGGCCUCUUUCACCUGAGCAGGGAGAGGGUCGUGUGCGGAAGAGGGAUAUGGUUAGUAACAUGGUAACGGGUGGGUUGGCGAGUGGCAUUGGGUGGGUUCUUGGUGCUGAGCCUGUGAACCGGUAG